GCACGAGAAGCUAGUGGGCGGUGGGGUGGGCGAAGCGAAGCGAAGGGGCCUUCCGUCAGACAUGGCCCUAUUUCUCUCUCUCUCUCUCUUACUUUUUCCCAUCUUCUCUGCUCUCAACUUUCUACUUCCACUCCCAGCUGUUGCUGUACCACUCCAGUGGGAGCCUGCUCUUCUGAAGAUCCCUGAUCUAGGUCUCCACCAAUAUGGUGAACGAUACUGAGUAUUACGACAUUCUCGGUGUUCGUCCUUCUGCUUCCGAGGACGAGAUUCGUAAGGCCUAUUAUCUUAAGGCGAAGCAAGUCCAUCCGGAUAAGAAUUUGAAUGAUCCUCAAGCUGCUGAAAGGUUUCAGGUGUUAGGUGAAGCCUAUCAAGUUUUGAGUGAUGCAGUCCAAAGAGAUGCAUAUGAUAGGAACGGGAAGCACAGUAUUACUAGGGAAUCCAUGCUUGACCCUACUGCUGUCUUUGCACUUCUAUUUGGAAGUGAAUUGUUUGAGGACUAUAUUGGACAUUUAGCCGUAGCAUCAAUGGCUUCAUCUGAAUUAGAGAGCGAAACUGGUAAUUCAGAGAGAUUACAAGAUAAGUUGAAGGCUGUCCAGAAAGAAAGAGAAGAAAAACUUGCAGGCAUACUUGAGGGUUUUCUUAAUCAAUAUGUUCAAGGUGACAAAGACGGAUUCUUACGGCAUGCUGAAUCUGAAGCCAAAAGACUCUCUAAUGCGGCUUUUGGUAUUAGUAUACUACACACGAUAGGCUACAUUUAUUCAAGACAAGCAGCACAGGAGCUUGGAAAGAGAGCCAUUUAUCUUGGCGUGCCAUUUGUGGCUGAAUGGUUUCGCAACAAGGGGCAUUUUUGGAAGUCACAGAUAACAGCUGCAAAAGGUGCUUUUCAGUUGUUACAGCUUCAAGAUGAUAUUUGCCGGCAGUAUAAAAUGGAUGGUAGUGGCCCUGAAAAUGAUAUUGAAUCGCAUAUUAGAUUGAAUAAAGACACAUUCCUCAAUUCUUUGUGGAAGCUUAACGUGGUGGACAUAGAACUGACUCUUAUAAAUGUGUGCCAGAUGGUACUACGGGAUAAUACUGUGAAAAGGGAAGAACUAAAAGCUCGUGCUCUGGCUCUAAAGAUUCUUGGAAAUAUAUUCCAGCAGGAGAAGCAAGCACAAAAUGGUGGAACAUCAAGAAAGAAAAGUGCUGCUGCAGUAGAUGACGAUGGAACGAGUUCAGAGAGCAGCGACGAUGAGGAUGAUCCCCGAAGACCAAUAUCUUAUCGAACUCCUUUUCUUACUCAGGGUAUAGGGAGACUCUUCAGAUGCCUCUGUAAUCCAGCAUUUGAUGUGGACGAUGAAGAGAUUGUGUAUAAAAGCAAAUGAUGAAUAUAUCUAUUCAUGCAAGAAGGUUGUACCUCUCUUAUCUUUCAACUGGCACAGAAGGCUCAAGCCUUCAAUUGUGUUGACAAUUGAUGUGGUUGGACAUUUUAUUCGUUAAUAAUUUUCCAAAUCCAUGAAUA